AUGGAGAAGGUAUUCGACGGUCGACCUCACCAGAAGAUGACGGAUGCUUCCCGUUUUGCCGCUGCAGUAAUGCUUUACUUCGACGUUCCAGUUGAUGCAGUCCACGAGGCGUCCUCCGACAAUUUAUGCGAAAACUGGCUGAGCUCUCGUCCGUCCUGUCACCUGACGAACAUCUUCAAAGCUGGGACUCAUUCCUGCAAAAGUCAAGACGACUUAAGGUUAACCUGA